AUGGUAGGAAUCAAUAAGGAGAAAGACAUCGAUGACCUUCCCAAGAAUCAGGCCAACUACACUUCUCUCACCCCACUUGGUUUCUUGGAGAGAGCUGCUCUGGUUCAUCCCAACCGCACAUCCCUCAUUCAUGCAUCCGAUUCUUACACGUGGCUCCAGACUUACCACCGGUGCCGCCGCCUCGCCUCCGCCCUCUCCAACCGCUCCGUCACCUUCGGCUCCACCGUUGCAGUGAUUGCACCAAAUAUACCUGCUAUGUUCGAGGCCCAUUAUGGUGUUCCAAUGGCUGGAGCAGUUCUGAAUGCUGUCAAUAUUCGUCUAAAUGCACAAACGAUCGCAUUUCUUUUGGGUCACUCAGCAGCCAAUGUCGUAAUGGUGGAUCAAGAAUUUUUUCCCCUAGCUGAGGAAGCAUUAAAGAUUUGGGCUGACAAUAGCAAAGGCAACUUCAAACCUCCUAUUUUGAUUGUCAUUGCUGAUAAAUCCUGUGAUUCAAAGUCUCUCCAAUACGCCCUUUCAAAAGGCGCAAUGGAAUAUGAGAAGUUUUUGGAAACCGGCGAUCCAAACUUUGCCUGGAAACGGCCCCAAGAUGAGUGGCAAAGCAUUGCUCUCGGUUACACUUCUGGCACAACUGCAAGUCCCAAGGGCGUUGUCCUGCACCAUCGAGGGGCAUAUCUAAUGGCUCUCAGUAAUCCAAUUAUUUGGGGAAUGGGAGAAGGUGCAGUUUACCUGUGGACCCUACCAAUGUUCCAUUGCAACGGGUGGUGUUUCACUUGGUCAUUAGCUGCUAUUUGCGGGACUAGCAUAUGCCUUAGACAGGUUACUGCAAAGGCUGUCUAUUCAGCCAUAGCCAAUCUUGGUGUUACCCACUUCUGUGCUGCACCAGUGGUUCUAAAUACCAUUGUGAAUGCUCCAAAAGAAGACACCAUUCUUCCACUCCCUCGUGUUGUGCAUGUCAUGACAGCCGGCGCCGCUCCUCCGCCUUCUGUUCUUGCUGCAAUGUCUCAGCGUGGCUUUCGUGUUGCACACACUUAUGGCCUCUCUGAAACCUAUGGCCCUUCCACCAUUUGCGUGUGGAAACCCGAAUGGGAUUUACUGCCGCCUGAAACCCAAGCUCGCCUGAAUGCUCGGCAAGGUGUCCCUUAUGUAGGCUUGGAAGGCCUGGAUGUCGUGGACACACAACACAAUAAACCUGUCCCUGCAGAUGGAACUACUGUUGGAGAAAUCGUCUUUCGAGGCAAUGUUGUGAUGAAGGGUUACUUGAAAAAUCCUAAAGCCAAUGCAGAAGCGUUCGCAAAUGGAUACUUCCAUUCUGGUGAUCUCGCAGUCAAACAUCCAGACGGUUACAUCGAAAUUAAGGACAGGUCAAAGGAUAUCAUCAUAUCAGGAGGUGAAAACAUAAGCAGUGUUGAGGUGGAGAACAUACUUUACCACCAUCCAGCAAUCUUGGAAGUCUCAGUGGUGGCAAGGCCAGAUGAGCAAUGGGGGGAAUCUCCAUGCGCAUUCGUCACACCAAAGUCCAGCUAUGCUGCUGACAAUCCCGAUCAGCAGCGACAACUGGCAGAGGACAUAAUGAAGUUCAGCAAGUCGAAGAUGCCCGCCUAUUGGGUACCAAAAUCUGUGGUGUUUGGACCAUUGCCUAAGACAGCAACUGGGAAAAUACAGAAGCAUUUGUUGAGGGCUAAAGCAAAGGAAAUGGGACCUCUUAAGAAGAGUCGCUUAUAA